CAAAAAAAUGACAGAUUGCAAGAAAAGGUUUUAAUAUUUUUUUACUUUCUAUUCACCAAAGAGUCCUACAUGCUAAAUUGCAUCACAAUGUCCACAAAAGUAAGAACCUUAAAGUUUGACGCAAUUCUUGUCAAGUAUUUGUGUCACUUAAAGUGUUUUGUGUAACAUUGAAGACUAAAUGAUUCUGGAAAAUUCUGUUUUUGUCGUCACCAGAAUUUGAAUCCAAAAAGUGCUCAAGAGAAGCUUAAUUAAUGUGUCUGUGAUCUUUGGCUCAUAUGGUUGGAUGAGACCAUAGGAGAGAUUGUUCUGCUCGCGUCACAACAGCUCAAAACACUGGAUAUGCAUUGGCUGCAACAAAGAGGCCAUCACUCGCACAAGUCACCCAAUAAACUGUAUAAACGGAGGCCGCACCGCAUCUCUCUGCUGCUCGUGGCCACCGUUAGGACGUUUACACUUGACGUGGGCUCGGGGCUUCAUCUGGGAAAAUGGGAAAACACAACAACCAUUUCACUUCAAUUACGCACACAACAGAGACAGAAUCUGCUGGCAAAUUUCAAAGCGGCCAUUCGGAUUCCUACCGUGUCUUUUACCGAGACACACGUGAACACGAGCGCGCUGCAGGAGUUUGACGGUCUGCUGAGGAGCGUUUUCCCGAAGGUCUUCUCCUCCAGUCUGGUCAGACAUGAAGUGGUUGGAAAUUACAGUCACCUGUUCACGAUAGCAGGAACAGAUGCAGAUCUGGAGCCCUACAUGCUCCUGGCUCACAUUGAUGUAGUGCCAGCAAAUGAGGCGGAUGGAUGGGACGCUCCUCCUUUCUCUGCACAGGAGAUCAAUGGAUUCAUUUACGGACGAGGAACCAUCGAUAAUAAACAGUCUGUGAUGGGGAUCCUUCAGGCUCUGGAAUACCUGCUGGAAAAAGGCUACACUCCUCGCAGGACCUUCUACAUUGGCCUGGGUCACGAUGAGGAGGUGAAUGGCUUACAUGGUGCAGUCAAUAUCGUGAAGCUCCUGAAGAGUCGUGGAGUAAAGCUCCUGUAUGUUUUAGAUGAAGGUCUGGCAGUGCUGGACGGUGUUAUCAGUGGCCUAGAUGGACCUGCUGCCCUAAUAGGUAUCAGUGAGAAGGGUCAGACCACAGUAAAGCUGAGUGUCAGUACUUCUCCAGGACAUUCAUCCAUGCCACCCAGAGAGAGUAGCAUUGGCAUCUUGGCUUCAGCAGUCAGAAGGCUGGAGGAAAAUCCAAUGCCCAGACUAUUUGGUUAUGGCCCAGAGCGCAGCACAUUUGAACACCUGGCACAUAAGUUCGGCUUGCCUCUCAGAUUCAUCAUGUCUAAUCUGUGGCUCUUCUCUCCUCUUCUCAGCAGAGUGUUGGAGAGGAAACCUGAUACAAACGCAUUCGUGAGGACCACGACUGCCGUCACAAUGUUCAACUCUGGUGUAAAGAUUAACAUAAUCCCGUCAUACGCCGAGGCUUAUGUCAAUUUCCGUAUCCACUCAGCCCAAACGCUGCAGGAGGUUCUGGAGUUGGUCCAGUCAACCAUAUCUGAUGAUCGUGUGAAGAUAGAGAUGGUGAAUGGAUUCGACCCGCUGCCCAUCAGCUCCCAUGAUGAGCAAUCGUUUGGGUUCCAGAUAAUCAAGAAAACAGUGCUGGGCAUGUUUCCUCAGCUCACAGUGGCCCCUGGCAUCUGUGUGGGCAACACUGACAGCCGGCACUACAGAGACAUCACCCAAGACAUUUAUCGCUUCGCUCCUUCGUGGUUCAAACCUGGGGAUCCUCAGAGAUUCCAUGGCGUGAACGAGAGAAUCUCCAUUCAGAACUAUGAAGAGAUUGUGCAGUUCUACUUCCAGCUCAUGCAGAAUAAUGACAUCAUGAAUCUGCCUCCACCUCACAGCAGCCAGCAUGAGCUGUAAACGGUGGGAUGUUACUUACACAGAUCUCAAAACAGCUCGGGGGACAUUUAAACACAUGUGAUUUGAACAUUUGAAAAAUUAUAACAUUAGAAAAAAACUAAAGAAAUGAAGGUUGUGAGACUUUCGUACUUACAUUCCUUACUGAUCAAUAAAAAAAAAACAGUAUAGGCAUUGACAGAAGAGCAUAAGUGUUUAUAUAAUUUUAAAAUGAAUCCUGCAAUCAGGUUUACAUCAUAUUCAUGUAUUUGCCAAAUGUUUAUACUUCAGAUUCUAACUUCUGAAAUGAACUCUUAAAACAGUGGCCCUCAAUCCUGGUGCUCAUAGCCGCCCGCUCUGCAUAUUUUGUAUGUUUUUUUUCAUAGGUUCAUAGGUUUGGGUCACAAUUAGAUGACGAUAAGUAUACUGCCAAAGAAAAUCACUGGAUAUUCUCCCAUGAUUCCAGUUUAAAAGCAUGUUCAAUUCAAAACAUAAUGUGCACAAGACGUGACUUCUGUGCUGAUAACAUGAUUACCGUUAAAUAAACCUUCACAUUACUGUUAAUGAUUAAAAAUGCUAAUAACUGAUUUUUUUGGCUGAAGUAAACUACAAAUUCAGAAGAAUUCCUGUGUGCAGGGGUAGAGAGCAGUGAACACUAUGUAGGGAACAUGUCAAGCUUAACACAGUUCUGGUUAUGCAAUCUAAAUCAGGUGUGUUAAAUAAAAGAGACCAGCAAAAUAAGCAGUGCCAGGGGCAGCAAAGACCAGGAUUGAGAAACGCUGGUCUUUAAUUUGUGUAAUUUAAAUUGUUGACCAGCACUACAUAUAUAGUUGAAGACAAAACUAUGAGCCCUCCUGUGAAAUGUUUUUUUCUUUUUCAUAGCAUGAACAUUGUCACAUUUUUCCUAUAAUAACUUUUCUAUUUCUAUUUAAGUAAUAAUAUAAAAGAUAAGGUCAAUAUUAUUAGCACUAUUUUUAUUAGAUUGGCUACAGAAUUAUCUACUGUUGUCCAAUGACCUGCAUAGCUAUCCUAGUUUACCUAGUAAAGCCUUUAAUUUGCAGUUUGUUUACUAGAAAAUAAGUAGUGAAAUAUUAUGUACUGUUAUUAUGGCAAAUUCGUUAUUAAGACAGAUGUGUUUAACAAUGUCUUGAAAAACACAUUGUAAAUUUGGAAAAGCACUUGUGAAAUACUUUAGAAUAUGAAAGAAUUAUAAAUUAUACAGGAGGGCUAAUCAAUUAGCCUACAGCUGUAUUUAACCCGCACAAAUUUUGUUAGAGUAAUGUAAAUGGAUGAUUUAUACAUAAAUGACCUACUGUUUGUUUUUUCUUUCUGAGGGUUUGGUAAACUAGUCAACCACUUAUUUACACAAUUUCCCUUUCAACAUUAAUGAAAUCAGUUGCGGUGCACAGCUCUUUCCCAAACACAUUAAUGUAGUAACAUGUUAAAGAGUAAAAUAAAUGUAGUUUACUUCAAAAUUAGUUUUCUAGCUGAGCUUGUGCAGGUCAGUAUUCAGAUUAAAUCAUUUACCUCAGAACUUAAUGUAUUGAAAAACUCUCUCAAACGAGUCUUCUGGGUUUUGACAUCAUGCUACAACACUUUGUUAAUUUUUGACAUCACUUUUGUCGUGAUUAAUGAAUAAUCUGACCAAAUUACUGUAAAUUUGUUGGCUGAAUGACUGAGUGAACAUAAGCUACACUGCCCAUGACUAAAAACACAAAACAUUGCGAAGCAUAAUCAUUACACUGUAACAGAGUGACUGUACAGAAAAACAACCAGCUAGUCAUGCUAAUAAAUCAGACAAAUGGGCAUUAUGAUCCUUAAGUGAUGAAUAGUGUUUUACAAUUUUGAGUGCCACUUUUUGCCUUUGAAUGUUACUGGGUUUAGGAGAAAUGAUGGAGCUUGAGCAAACUAGUUACAUUUUUUUAAUUUGCUUCAGAACGCACAGAUAAUAUUUUUGAAUUCUGAUAUGCUGAUUAUUGUUAUUGAUUAACUUGAGAGUUUCAUCUCAAACGGAGCACUCUACAUACUCUGUCUGAAGUUAGUGUUUUAAUUUAUGCAGAUUUUAUUGAAGAUUUAAGUUAACGGUGAGGUACAUAAAAACGCCAAUAGAUUUUCAUACAAAUUAGUGAUUUGUAUGUGGAGUGGAUUUGAUAUUCUGUAAUUUAUUGUUCUUUAUUGCACUGCAAAGCUGUUAAAUGUUACUUUAAAUCCUAGUUAUUUUUGCACUGAAAUGGUCGUUUAAUUGUUUACCUUCAUUAUUUUGAAAUGUUUGUGAUUGAUGAGUUAAUUUUUCAUUUACAGUCAGUUAAAUAAAUAUUUUUAUUAAUAGAAA